CUCCUGAUUGGCUCAGCGGCGGACAUGUGACACAGGAAGUGGAUUCUCCUGAUCGCCUCGGUCGCAGCUGUCAGACAGAAGCGUUUCAGUGUCAGUGAGGGUCUGUCUGUGGAAACACCAUGAACGCGCUGGUGACUAAGUUAGAUCACAUGUGGAUCAGCUUCACCUUCAGACAACCUCGGCUCCCAGCUGCAGCUGCUCCCAAGGUGCAGCUCUCCACCCUCCCUCCAGAACCUGUCAUCCCCUCUAAGAAGCCUUUCAAAGUGGAGCUGGCUGGUGGAAAGCGUUACUCAUGGUGCACCUGUGGGCACAGUAGGAAACAGCCUUUCUGUGAUGGAGCCCACAAGCUGAAAGCCCCAGGACUGUUCCCGCUACGUUUUGUCCCAGAGAAGGACACCUCUGUGUGGUUGUGCGGAUGCAAAUACACCAACAACCCACCGUACUGCGAUGGAACGCACAAGCAGGACUUCAUUGCAUCUGCAACACUACACGAGCAAACUGACUCGUAAACCACUGCCAAAGGAUUUUGGUUGCGGGGCGAAACCUCAUCCUGGUCAAGGAGCAUUAACUUUAAACAAUUUUUGCAGAUCAGUGUUGUCCAGGGACGCAGCUCACAUGACGUGAUCUGCCAUGUUCGGUGUCUGAAUAUUGUCAGUAAUUCAUGCACGUGACAUGUGAUGUAUUCUGGGAAAGAUAUGAUCAAAUGGAGGGAACGGUGUUACUGAAGAAAAGUGUCAGCUAAACAUUGAAAUAUGUGAAUGCACUGAAAAAACACUGAGCUACCAGUAAAUAAGUAACUACUGUAUCAACCAAUAAAUACUACGUUUUUCUAAUCGUCAGAUUUUACCGACGCUGUUAGAUGGAGGUUGAUUCCACCCUUGUACUCUGUUUGAGUUGUUUAAAAGAUGAAUACACGUCAUGUUAAUAUCAGGAUUUAAAGAAUUCACUGUAUCUUGUUACAUUUCAUGUUUCUUCAUGUUUGCUGUCAGCUGCUGUGACACCUGUUGUCUUGAUCAUUUCACACACACGAGUCCCCAAAGACUCAGUAAGUGAUCAGAGCUGCACAGAGCCUCCAAUGAAAAUGUGAUAUUAUAUAGUUGUGUUACUAUGUGGACUUGGAACCUGGGGAGAAGUGACUCCUACUGUCCUACUCUGUCAUGUAUCAGAGCAUAGGAAUGAGACUAUGACAUUUCAGACUUUCUUCCCUAGAUAUACUGAAUAUAUAAAUGUAAAAGUAAAAUGGAACUUGUUUAACUUGCAUGUUGUGUUCUAAUCUGUAAAAAAGCUGCUUACUCAGUUUUUGUACAGUACACAAGCUACUGAGUUAAUCAGGGAAUCAAACAGGACAGUCGGCUCAGAAAAACCUAGUAAGUAAACAUUUUAUUGACCUAAAACAUGCACAUAUGGCUGAUAAAAAAAGUAUCAGUUUGUUGAAAAGAAACAAAGGGAAUGUUGAAAACGAUGGAACUACGACAGACAUGGCCAAAUAUUCAAAUCCCUUUUGAGUUCUUCGAGUGCCAUGAGAGAGGGAACAUGGUCUUCUGACAGACAUUAUCAGCUUGUGAUGGUAGUGCUUGGAACUGUGUACAUAUAAAUGCUUCUCCUGCUGGAAAA